AUGGAUCGCCUACGUAAUUUAGACCCACGUCGACGUGCCGCCGAUCAAAAGAUGCAUCAAACUACAUCAACAGUUACAGUUAAUAAUUCUUCGGGAAUAGCAACAUCACCACCAAACGGAAAUAAUGAACAACAAGAACCAAGACCUAAAGUUUCAAGUCUUGUAUUUAAGUUUGGUGGUGAUCGAAAUAAAAAAGUACCUACAUAUACAUUUUCGCCUGCUGAACAAGCUACAAUCGAUCAACAACAAAAUAAUAUAAUAAAUCGUGCUCCUUCAUCACCUCAACCUCAGAUAUCACCACAAAUACGAACUUAUAUCGAACAACUGGAAACAAAGAACAGUGAAUUAAGUCAAAAAGUUCAUGAACAAUAUCAACAAAUUGAAAAUUCAGAAAAAAAAAUGAAGGAAUUAAGUCAAUUCUGUAAUGCAUUACAAAAUAAAUUAAAUCACGAUACAAAUAAUCCUCUUCUUCAACUUGUUUUAAAUUUUUGUGAAGUCACAUCCGAUCAACAACAAGAUAUUAUUUCUUUAUUCGAAUCAAAAAUUCUUCAAUGUAAAAAAGUCGAACAACAAGUCAAAUCAUUGACAAUGACAUUAAAAACAAAAGAACAACGUAUUACUGAAUUAAAAAAUGAAGUUAAUGAAUUAGCUGCAAAAACAAUUACAAUACAAACACCAAUAUCAGCACCACGUUCAAAUUCUUCAAUAUCAACAACACCUAUAAGACGUAUCGAUUCAAAUGAUGAACUUGAUUCAAUUAAUUUACGUCGAGAAUUAUUACGUACACGAAAUCGUCUUAAAGAAGCUCAACGUGAAUUAUCAUCACAAAAUAGUUUAACAAAACAUUUAUCAAUAAAUAAUCUUCUUUCAUCAGAUGCAUUAAUUAGUGAUUUACGUAAAGAUAUUAAUGAUAUGGGUUGGGAAAUAAAAAAUUUACAAAAAACAAAAGAAACACUUAAACAUGAUGUGGAAAAAUUAGAAAAAGAAAUUGUAACACUUGAAUCACAAAAACAUUCGAUUGAAGAUGUUAAUGCAAUGAUUACACGAGAAAAUAAAGAAUUACGAGCAACAAUUGAAGAAUUAAAUGAUCAAAAUCGUAUUGUUUUACAAAAUUAUCAAAAUCAUGUUAAAAAUUAUGCAAUACAUGAAGGAUUAAUGACAAAAUUAUAUGAUUCAAUGGCUCAAUUAGAAAAAGAAAAUAAUCAAUUAAAAGAAAAGUGUGUUUUUCUUGAAGAAAAACUUGAAUUAAAACAAAUUUCAUUAGUUGAUAAAAAUGAAUUAGAAAAAAUAAAUUCAUCAAAUCGUGUAUUAACGUUACAAUAUGAUUAUGAAGUUGCUAAACGUGAACAUUGUGAAAGACAACUAACACGUUUACAAGAUAAUCUAAAACAAUUACAAUCUGAAUUAUCAUAUAUGGAUGAAAAAGUAAAACGUGCUGAUGACCAAAUGAAAUUAGCCGAUCGUUUAAAUCGUGAUAAUAAAGAUGAAUGUGAAGUUUUCCAAUUAAAAAUAAUGGAUUUAGAAAAACGUUUAAAUUUAACAGAAAAAGAUAAAGAUAUUGUUGAACAAGAAUUAUUAAUAGUUAAACAAAAAAUGGAAGCAACUACAUAUCGUAUACAACGUUAUAAUGAAGCAUUACUUAAUGCAGAUAAUGAUCUUGAAUUAACGUCUGAUACAAGCUUUAGUGAAGAUGUUGGAAGUAUUAAUGGUACGGAAACGAUAUCAUUAAAAAGUCGUAAUUCACAUCCAACACGAUCUCCAAGUGAAAUUUAA